AGCUGCCCUGGGCUCUCUGUCGGGCCUCUGGACCUGGAGCUGUGUUUUACAUCAGAGCAUAUCGACCAAAUGGAAUUUUAGUGUUUUGCUGCUGUUUUGAUCGUUUCAUCCAGUCUUCGUCAGAUCUGCCAGGCGAGAUGGGGGCUGGAGCUCUCGCCAUCUGUCAAAGUAAAACAGCGGUGCGGCUGAAAGAAGACAUGAAAAGGAUGGUGGCGGUGCCACUACACGCGCAGAGCAGUCCCACCUACACCAAGCUGUUCGGAGUCAGUCUCCAGGACCUCCACCGGCAGGGGCUGACCGAGAACGGUGUUCCAGCGAUCGUGGGGAGCAUAGUGGAGUACCUGACCGCGCACGGACUCACCCAGGAAGGCCUUUUCCGGGUGAAUGGCAACGUCAAGGUGGUGGAACAGCUUCGAUGGAAGUUUGAGAGCGGGGUGCCCGUGGAGCUAGGGCGAGAUGGGGACGUGUGUGCGGCGGCCAGCCUGUUGAAGCUCUUCCUGAGGGAGCUGCCCGAGAGUGUGAUCACCUCCACGCUGCAGCCUCGCUUCCUUCAGCUCUUACAGGAUGAGAGAAAUGAUGCUGAAGAGAGUAAUUUAAGAGCCUUAAUAGAAGAGCUGCCAGAUACCCACUACUGCCUUCUCAAGUACCUUUGCCAGUUCUUGAGUAAAGUAGCCAAGCACCAUGUGCAGAACCGCAUGAAUGUUCACAAUCUUGCCACUGUAUUUGGGCCAAAUUGCUUUCAUGUGCCACCUGGGCUUGAAGGUGUGAAAGAACAAGAUCUCUGCAACAAGAUAAUGGCUAAAAUACUAGAAAAUUAUAAUACCCUGUUUGAAGUAGAGUAUAUGGAAAAUGAUAACCAGAGGUGUGAAAACCUGGCAAGGCUUAUCGUAGUAAAAGAGGCCAAUUGUAAGAACAUCCUUCUAACAAAAGAUUUCGAAAGAGAUGCACAAAAGCCAUCUCCAAAAACCAAGAUGAAGGACUUCCCUAUAGCUCAGACGGCAAAAAAAUCUGCCUGCAAUGCAGGAUACCUGGGUUUGACCCCUGGAUCAGAAAAAACUUCUGGAGAAGGGAAUGGCAAUCCACUCCAGUAUUCUUGCCUGGAGAAUCCUAUGGACAGAGGAAACUGGCGGGCAGUUGGUGGGAUCAAAAAGAGUCAGAUACGAAUCCGCAAAUCCAGUAGUGAGGGAUCUAUUUGGACCCACGGGGUACCACACCCAGAGCUGUCUGAGGGCGUUCCUCAGGCCAGCCUGCAGCUGAGUCGGAGAAAAUCCUGCUGGGAUGACAUGAGUUCAGCGGAGGACGCUAAUGCUGCCAAGUUGCUGUCCAGCCUGUGCCUGCCUGUGAUCAAACACAUCUUGAAGGCAAGGAACAGUUCGCAGGAAGAUGAAAGACCUAUGUCACCUUUCUAUUUGAGCAGUGCCCACGUAUCCCAAGUCAGCAGUGUGUCAACAACUGGAGAACUCUUAGAAAGAACCAUCCGGUCAGCUGUAGAACAACAUCUUUUUGAUGUUAAUAGCUCUGGAGGCCAAAGUUCAGAGGACUCGGAAUCUGGGGCAUCAUCAUCUUCCUCCACAUCCACCAAACAGCGACGACGCCAGGCUAAGGAGCAGGAUGAAGUUCGACACAGCAGAGAUGUGGGACUUCUCAACAAAGAAAAUAUUCCUUCUGGCUUCAGCAGUCUUGAUGAAUGUAUGUUGAAUGCUUGUGAAGUGGAAAAAUCAUAUGAAAAUACUUCUGGUUAUAUUGGAGAAAGGGGUAAACCUAAACGUCAGAAAUCCAGUUCCAAACUUUCUGAGCUCAAUGAAAAUCAAGAUGGUCUUGUGAACAUGGAAAACCUCAGUCCCACACCAUCUCAUGAGAGGACUGGAUCUGAUCAUGUUGAACUGAUGUCGGAUGGAAGCAAGGAAAAUGAAAAGGAUGGCAGACAGACCCAGCAUUUUGAGAACCCCACAAUGAAGAUCCAGGAGCAUCCCAGCCUGCCUGACAGCAAGCUGCAGAGGACUCCGGAUGCUGAUGACCAGCAGGAGAGCUUUGUGUCCGAAGUGCCUGAGCUGGACCUGGCUGCACUGUGUGACCAGAAGAGCUGGGAAGAGCCUAUCCCUGCCUUCUCCUCGUGGCAACAGGAGAGCGUGGACGCUGACGAAGCGCGCCUCUCCCCGCAGGCCGGGCGCCUGAUUCGGCAGCUGCUGGAGGAGGACAGCGACCCCAUGCUGUCCCCCCGCUUCUACGCUUACGGGCAGAGCCGGCAGUACCUGGACGACACGGAAGUGCCUCCUUCUCCCCCCAAUUCCCACCCUUUCAUGAGGCGCCGCAGCUCCUCUCUGGGCUCCUACGAAGAUGAGCAAGAGGACCUGACUCCUGCCCAGCUCACUCGAAGGAUUCAGAGCCUUAAGAAGAAGAUCCGGAAAUUUGAAGACAGAUUUGAAGAAGAGCGGAAGUACAGACCUUCCCACAGCGACAAAGCAGCCAACCCAGAGGUUCUGAAAUGGACAAACGACCUUGCCAAAUUCCGGAAACAACUUAAAGAGUCCAAACUGAAGAUAUCAGAGGAGGACCUACCCCCCAGGAUGCGGCAGCGAAGCAACACACUCCCCAAGAGUUUCGGCUCCCAACUUGAAAAAGAAGAUGAGAAAAAGCAAGAGCUGGUGGAUAAAGCCAUAAAGCCUAGCGUAGAGGCCACGCUGGAAUCCAUCCAGAGGAAGCUCCAGGAGAAGCGGGCAGAGACCAGCCGUCCGGAAGACAUUAAGGAUAUGACCAAAGACCAGAUUGCUAAUGAGAAAGUGGCCCUGCAGAAGGCUCUGUUAUAUUAUGAAAGCAUUCACGGCCGGCCGGUGAGCAAGAAUGAACGUCAGGUUAUGAAGCCGCUGUACGACAGGUACCGCCUGGUCAAACAGAUCCUAUCCCGAGCCAGCACCAUCCCCAUCAUUGGUUCCCCCUCCAGCAAGCGGAGAAGCCCUUUGCUGCAGCCAAUUAUCGAGGGCGAAACUGCUUCCUUCUUCAAGGAGAUAAAGGAAGAAGAGGAGGGUUCAGAAGACGAUAACUACACGAAGCCAGACUUCAUGGUCACCCUGAAAACCGAUUUCAGCGCACGUUGCUUUCUGGACCAGUUUGAAGAUGACGCUGAUGGUUUUAUUUCCCCAAUGGAUGAUAAAAUACCAUCAAAAUGCAGCCAGGACACCGGACUUUCAAAUCUCCAUGCUGCUUCAAUACCAGAACUCUUGGAACACCUUCAGGAAAUGAGAGAAGAAAAGAAAAGAAUUCGAAAGAAACUUCGUGAUUUUGAAGACAAUUUUUUCAGGCAAAAUGGAAGAAAUGUCCAGAAGGAAGACCGCACUCCAAUGGCCGAAGAAUACACCGAGUAUAAGCACAUUAAGGCAAAACUGAGGCUCUUGGAGGUGCUCAUCAGCAAGAGAGACACUGAUUCCAAGUCCAUGUGAGGAGUCAGCCCCAUCCGAGCAAAGGGGUGGGGGGAACGCAGAGGGAAUGUCCCCCCUCCCCCCACCUCUCCUGGUAAAUAGCAGCUGGGCAGAAACUGGAAGGCAGCCUUGGAGCUGGACCUGCGCCCUCCUGCCUGCAGGCCCUGGGGGUCAGCCCGUUUCCAUUGCCUGCUUAGAAACCAUCUAGGUGGAAGGAGGCCACCUACCCCCACGCCAAAAUUUUGCAAGGGAAAAAUCAAGAUCUCUGCACACUCGUGUGCACCCAGACACACACAUACACUGCAGUGGAAGCUUGCUGACACUGGCAGCGAUGAAUCACUACAUGAAGACGCACUCAUCUACAGAGGAUGUACACUGUUCUUCCUUGGAUAACUGAGAAACAGCAUUCUCUGUCUAACUGUGACAAUAACAAGCUCAGGACUUCCUCUGGAGAGCAAACUUGCUGUGCACAUUCGUGUUCUCUGUGGAUCUCAUCCAGUGGGAGCCUGCAUCAGAGCCCUGUUUGCUGCCUCGGCCAUUCUUGUGACCUUUCCACGGAGCCACGCCUCUCCCCACUUGUGUGAAUUGCUUCUCCUUCAGCUCUCGGGUAGAUGGAAGCUGCACCUGCCUGGGAUAGCAGUGCAGUCCUCUAUCUGAUGUUGUAUUUCUUCAAGACAUCCUCAGAUGAUAGAGAACUGCUCCCUGACUGGGGCUGGACCAUCAGCAGAGGACAGAUGGGAUAGAGAAGUAGCUAAUAUCCGUGCUGAUUUUUCAGUUAGGCAGCAGUGAAGAGAAUUCUUUCCUGAACGUUGACUAUACUUAUCAGCUUCAGAAUUUAUCAUCAAACACUUAAGCAGGAGGAAGGCCAACAGUCUGUUUGGUUUGGUUUUGGCUCUAGCUAGACAAAAGUGUCUUGCUUGAUUCCUGGCUUAAGUGUAGGGGAUCAUGAGAGAGAAAGAGCCUGUAUUUUAAGCCUUCUGUGUACUUACCAGAGUUUAAUUUUUUUUUUUAAGUAAACCUGCACUAAAAAUCUUUUCUAACUGAAGGAUAAGUGCAGCCCUCAGAGCACAGCCCAAGGCAGAACCUAAAUCACACGUUUUCAAGAUCCUGUAUAAAGAGAAAAUAAUGGUGUGUGGCCAGUUACAAUGAUAGUUUCUUCAAAGACAGUGUCGCAGAGCUAUCUGUAUUAGACAUUUUGGAGGGACCAGGGAAUUUAAGACACCAAAUCAUCCAUCACCUCAGUAUGCUGAUGUUAUCUGGUGAUUGGUUAGUACUUUUUGACCUUCUGUGUCUGCACUAAGGAAAAUGAGUUCUGCCUGUAUAUCCUAGCCCACCUCUGUGCUCUGGGAGGUUGAGCACCAGUAUCUGCCCACCAGCCACUGGUUGCCAAGAGAAGGUGUUUGAGCAGGCUCUGCCUUUUGAAGAUUAUGGUGCAGGGUGAACAAGACAGCAGAGGGUACCAUUUUGUUUUCUUUAAUAAUAAUAACAAUGGAGAAAAGUCUUCCUGAUCAGUUGUCACUUUCCAAGGUGGGUUCUUGAGAAACUGGUCAGAUUAGGUUUGUAGCAGCAUUUUCCAUUUGAGGUAGUGGCUCUCUGUUGGUUAAAAAUUGUUCAAGUUAGGAGUAGGGGGAAGAUAGCUUUAAGUUUGCUCUUUAAUCAUCUAGAAGCACGAGCUGUAUGUUGAAAGCACCCUGGUUUAAUCCACACACUUAAAGACGGUACAUAAUCCUACAAUAUAGUUAGUUUGGUAUUCUCUGCUCUACUGUUUACGUUGCAGAUUGCUAUGAUUUCAAGGAGUUAUAUUAUAAAUGAAAUGAUGCACUUUAGGAUGUUUUCUAUUUUUGAAAUCUGAACAUGAAUCAUUCACAUGACCAAAAAUUGUAUUUUUUAAAAGAAGUACAUGUCUAGUUUGUCCUUUUUAAGUAAUUACUCUCUCAAAUAAGCUAUAAUAUAAAUCACAUCAUUACCAGUUAACUUUCAAAGCACAUCUGUCUAAGUAUUGUUUUGAAAAUACUAAUAUGCUACAAAACUUUCAAAGAGAAAAGGCUAUAUAAAUGAGAAGUUACUAAAUGUUUUGCAAUCUGUUGUUUCUGCCAAAGGUAAAUUAAGUAAAAGAUUUAUUCAGGAAUCCCCUUUGAAAUUUGUAUGAUUGAAUAAAAGUAGACACCAAGUUAAAGUAAAAUAAAUUGUGUAUGCAA